UCUGUUUGUUUAGCUAUUGUUCAAAGAACGAGCCCCUCUGGGCUAGUCGAUUUCCUUGCUGUGCACAAAGCACGCCCUGUGUUAGCAUUUAGUAUCAUCACAAGGCGAUAAAGGCGAUCAACAAACGCACUACAGUACAUCUCUUUUCCCUAAACACUCCAUAGUCGRCAGUAGCGAUAAGAGUGAACACCACACCCGUGUUAAAAGCCUUAAUAGAGUAUAACACAACUACGGAUUACUGAUCCAGCCAGACCAACAGCCGCGGACAACAUGUUCGCUCCGCUACCUAUGCUGAGUUUUAGUCCUCAACAAAUCGCUCAAGURUGUGAGACACUAGAAGAGAGUGGAGAUGUUGAACGGUUGGCCAGAUUUCUGUGGUCAUUGCCAGUUGCACCUGGGACAUUAGAGGCUCUCAGUAAACACGAAAGUGUACUCCGAGCUCGCGCAAUUGUUGCUUUUCACAUGGGCAACUUUAGAGACUUAUACCACAUCUUAGAGACGCAUCGAUUUACAAAGGAGUCACAUGCAAAACUACAGGCUAUGUGGCUAGAAGCACAUUAUCAAGAGGCAGAACGGCUUCGAGGAAGACCCCUUGGACCAGUAGACAAAUAUCGAGUUCGAAAGAAGUUUCCCAUGCCGCGAACGAUAUGGGAUGGUGAACAGAAGACUCACUGUUUCAAAGAGCGCACGCGGAGUCUUCUACGCGAAUGGUACUUACAGGAUCCAUAUCCAAACCCAACYAAGAAACGAGAACUCGCUCAAGCUACUGGUCUCACGCCAACUCAAGUGGGAAAUUGGUUCAAAAAUCGACGGCAAAGAGACCGAGCUGCGGCAGCUAAAAACAGAAUGAAUCAACAAGGUUGUGGUCUUUCAAACUGCAAGCCACCUUUGAGUCCUGAUGAACUCAGUAUUGAAGACGACGGCGAUCUCCGCGGGCUAAAAAAUUCAGAAGAUUCGAGUAAUGAGGAUGUAAAACUCAAAGAACAUUAACAACCUCAAAGAACAUUCUCUUUUAUGAAUCUUCAAUCCAUAAAUCAAGUUGUAGAACGAAUAGAAAGCACAGUCAGGUGAUGUAWAAAAGAAACAUUCACCUGUUUUAAAGGAAUUCACAUCACUAAAAAAUACUCAAAAAGGAAUUCCACAACUGCCGUGUGUUCACUAGCUCGCUCUCAUCAAAUAUUGUACAAAGAAAUAUACUUGUAAAUCAUAGAUUAUAUUAUGAAAUAUAUGAAAGCUUCAUGCUUUUAAGUAGAUAUAGCAAGGCCUGACACGGGRCGUGGUUUAUAGUAAGGAAUAACUUUCAAAGAAGACAAUAAAGUUGUGUCAAAGGUGAAACAAAAAA